GAUUUCUGUAGGUUUGUAAUAUGGAGGAGUAAUGGCGUUUUCCGCCCAGACAGAUCAUGGGCAAUGUGAACAAAAAGACGCAGUUUUAUGUAGAAUUGGGAAGGAAACAUCUAAGGAAAAGGCGAAGGUCUGUUCUAACUCUGUGGAUUUUAGUGUCGCUCUAAUUCGCGUUUUAUGUGCAAUUUAUGUAUGCAAAACUUGAGGAGAAGAGAUUGAAUUAUUCGUGUUCGGUGCUGUUUUAGACAGAGACAUAGGAAAUUUAAUGUUUAAGUUUUGCCUUAUUCUUGUAUUUUGCGGAAAAGCACUUACUUAAGACUCGCUAAAUAAAUAUUAAACUUACGUAUUUUUUCUGGGAAUUUAGCAUUUUGUUCCGAACCCUGCCGCCAAGCCGUUCGUACCUUCCUACUUGAAUUCAACAUUGGGUCGCUCUAAUUACAACAGGACCUGGUCAGCUAUUGAAGGACAACAUUCUAAAGUAAGUGUUGCUGCAUUUUUAUUUUAUCAAUUUAAGCUAGCUAAUGCACUGGACUGAAUUUGAAAACAGCAAAAGUUGCUAACGUGAUUUUAGGUUACGAGCGUUCGGGUCACUGCGUUAUAAGAGUGCAGUGUACUGAAGGCCUGUUUCAGACUGAGGUUGAAAGGGGACUCAAACGCUCUAACUUUAACCCCUGAAGCAUAGCGUUCAGUCGCUGUUUUUGUUGUAUUUUCUCAUAAGCGCAACAGUAUAGGUUAGCCGUUAUCCAUAAGUUUGUGGCAUAUUCAAAGAUGAAAACGGUGCUUACAUUUGUAUCGCCAAACUGACUUAACACAGUUUCGAAACGAUCGCAUUGAAUCAAUUGUAGCGGCGUUCAGUUGGUUUUGAUUAUUCGGCUGCCCAUUUUGUAUUUUCUCCUGGUUAACCGUUCUUUUUUAAAGGGUAAUGAUUUCAUUACAUUUGGGGUGAUAAAUGAAUCAGAAGCUUCGAAAAAUCAUAUCACGAAGGGGAUUGUUUGCCGUUGAAUGGCGGACCAGUUCGCAAUGCUUUUGCCCCUGAGACGUGUUACUGAUUUCAAGAAGUCUCUUGGAUUUAAGGUUAACGCUUUGCUGAUUCGUAGAGACCUUUGUUGAACGGCGAAUCGUUGUAGAUUGUAACUUGUUUUUGACCUCAUGGAUCAUUUAGAUAAUUUUAACUUGUGUUUCGUGCUAUAGGUAGUGUUCAAAUUCUAAUUAUAGAAUCGGCGAAUCUCAAAGAUCUUUUGUAAAUAUCACCUAGCGUUCGGAAAUAAGAAGUGGUUGUUCGUGUAAAUAAUUCCUCAUUCGAUUGCAUCGUUAAGCUUAUCUUAUUUUUUUCCUAACCGCUUAGAUCAAGUUUAUUCGCUCCCUACAAUCUGACGGUACAAUCUAGUUGUGGUUUCAAUCUUUUUCAAACAAAAAUGUUUGUUUCAGCUUGGCGGAAUUAAACUUCCAAUUUAACCCUGAACUUAACUAGGAAAUUGUUUUUCAGAUCUAUGUACAAUUUACUUUUGGAGGGACUCAACAUGUUUGGAGAGCGUUGAGAUGUGUGACAUGAUACGCGUUCAAAAAUUUUUAUGAAGUAUUAUAAAUCUUUAUGGUCCAUUUGUUAUCAGCUACCAUAGAAACAGUUUUCAUUCAAAUGAAGCCCGUGACCGUAAGUGGACAAUACAAAGUUCCAUUGACUAUCAUGGAGAUUAUUGUGCAAAUAACUACAAAUUUUUUGUUGGAGAGAUAAAAAGUUUCAAAGUGAUGAAGAAACCUUCACUAGAAAGCUUAUAUUUUCAAACCUUAGGGUGAAUUUAUAAGUGCUGUCUGAUUCUUAAGUAACAAGUUAAAAGCUCAACUACAGUUAACUCCUGCUGACUCAAUUUCUCAGUACCUUAAAACUUGUACUGGCUUGAAACAAGUUUUAUUUUCCAUGCAUUGGUUGUAAAUGUAUCCCUUUCCUUCUCUUCCAACCAUCCAGGGACCCGAGGACUUUUUUUUAUAAAAUAAAGCUUAGUUUGUUGAAACACUUCUGGGAAACAGAAGACUAAGUUGUUCCACACACAAACACACACAUUGCUUCUCCCUCCUUCUCACACUGUUGGAUUCACUCAUUUGCUUGGGUAUAAACAUCUUCAAAUCAACAUUGAAGGGGAAGGUGAGAAGAAAUUUGCAAGCCUUUGAACAAUUAUGACUGGUAAUGUGGCCAUUAGAAGUGAAAUCCAGGCUACUUCAACAUUUCGUUUGGUGACAACAACAAAAAAUGUGCAAUCCUCAGACACUUUGGACAUUGCUGGAACUUACUGUCGGGCAUCGGACAUUGUCCGACCAAAAUGUUGUAAAUGUCCAACUAAUGUUUCAAUAUGUUCAAUAUGUUCAUCUUAAAAGCUUUUUUUACAUCCCUGAGUUGAUUUCGUAGACAUUAACCCAUUCGCUCCUGGAGAUUUUGCCGAAAAACGCGUUUUCAAGCUAGUCGAGUGGUUUUCUGGUCACUGUCGUGCUAUGAAGAGCUGAAAUUUACCACAAACCGGUUUACAGGUCGUACACUUCGCGGCCUUCUGAUCCAGAUGCAAAAUAUCGGCUUGCGAAGUUCGGGCAUGCGCAGAAAGCAAAAUUUCGAGAUAGUUUUUGGGUUUAAAAGUGACACAGCAGUCUUGACUUUUAUUUUUCGCUUUCUCUCCUCCCUUCUUUUUUUGCUUUUCUUGCCUCAUUUGUUUUUUCUCUUGCUGGGCAUUUAGUAGGCUUCAUUUUGGUGGGAAGAGUUUUUAGGAAAGCUUUUAGGAUCUUAGGAUUAGGUGAAAGGAAAGGUAGGUGGGCAAUGGAACAAGAUUUUCAUGGAGAUUUUCAGGUCAAUGUCACGUGGUUUUUUGCUUCUUUCUCCGGUGUCCUUGACUGAAUUGUGCUCAUUCUGGUCUUCACUCUGCACAAGUUAGCGAAGAAAGUUGUCCUUGACCGUUAAAACUGAUGAUGUCACAAUGGGUAGAAAGGACCUGGUCGGCACGGGCGGUUACGGGCGGUUCAGGGGCGAAUGGGUUAAUAGCUAAAAUGCUAUGAUGAAAAGAUAAACUUUGCAUUCCAGUGAAAGACUCUCUAUUUUGAGGAAAGUCGAAUUAACCUGUUCGUCUUGCUAUCGAGCAAAACAAAGCAGCUCUCUUUGUUAGGGAAUUACUUGGCUUUCCUUACCAUAGGUGGAAAUCUAAUUUAUGCAACUGAAAGCACAUGCUUUGGAAGUAAAAUGGCUACCUGUUUCAGCGAUAUGAAAGAUGAAGAAAGCUCUGUGAGAAGAACAAGAAAACUUUCUGCGCGGUGUCUUCACCAGUUUGAACAACAACCAGAAGGAAAGGCAUUGUUCAAAAGUAACUUUAGUCAUGAAUUGGGAGAGAUGAAAGAAAAUAGCUUCACAAUAAUGCAAAUGAUGACUGCCUACCUUUGAAGUUGGCUGUUAACUGUGGUCGACCAUUUGUUUCAAAAUUAUGACACGAUAUACGUGCGGUUUUUUCCCACGUGUACUUGCAAUCAUUCCUGCUAAACGAUAUACGCAGGUUUGUCAGUAAGGGCCGGGGGCCGGGGAUUUCCCCCGGCUACUUUCAUGUUAAAUUAAACCAAAAGAGCACACCUUUGAAACACACAAAGACCAUCCAUCAAACUAAAUGCAAGUUUCAUCUGCAGAAGGUUUAAGUAAUUUUGAAAUACUCACAUACAAAAACUAAGAAAUGUCGGAAAAAGACAUCUGACUUAGAUUUGGUACUAGUACACACGAGAAUGCAAUAGGUUUAUUGAGUAAAACAACUAGUUUGCACGUGCAUCACGCUUUUUUGUACAUUUCUUUGCCGUUACUGCACGACUACGCCGUGAAAAUGCCUAGUUUCACGUUUUAUGGAGGACGUAAACAAGUGACGACAAACUUUUCUUUCUCUUUCUAAACCUGAGUGCGGUCCAAAGACUCAACUCCUGGGAAAUUGGCCUACAUAGGUAUUUUCAGCGAACUGAAAUAAACGCGACCAAGUUGGAAAAAACGCCAAUUCAUUUUAAAAGUGACGUUUUCACUGCUGUCACCUUUGUCGAUGCUAAAAGUCCUUAGUUUCAAAUGUUGAGUCGGCUUUGUGUUGAACUUGUCAAAGAAGUGGCAAAGGAAUCUGCACUCUUUGUUCACGAUGAGAGACCUGAGCAGAUCUCUGUUGACAUCAGAGAAGAAGUUGAGGCUUCAUCCGAGUGUUAAAUCUCCCUGAUGCUGAUGUUGAUGAUAAUGAGGAUUAUGAUGAAGGCUUUAAAGAUGAAGACUAUGACAACUGAUUGCUAUGUUUAAUAAAUUGACAUUUAAGUGACCAGGCUUUAGAUAGUGAGUAUAUAAAAUAACGCACAGUCAACGGGAAAUGUUCGAUCAUUGUCCGCAGGUUAUGAUCACAUCCCCUCAGUACUACUUCCAAGAAGUUAUAUAUAGAAGGGAAGCUAAGCAUCAGCAUUACUUUUGCAUUCUUCUUCUUGAGUCUCGUUUUGACAUCUCAGCGUCGCUUAUAAAGUAUUAGCUCUGUCUUUUAAGCUGUCUUUUUGCAGCUUUUGGGAAUAUUUUUAAUCAGUGCUCCAAGCUGUGACUGUUUUGUUUGCCACGGUGAGUAGAAAAAAAAUGUUGGCGCCUAAAAGUGCGGUGAAAGUCGCCAAUUUGGUGACCUGUGUUCAGUGAUUUUGUGUCAAGCUAUCCCCAAGAAAUUCCAGAGAUUUUGCAACACGCAUUUUUCUAGUAGCUCUAGUAGUGUUUUUCUAGAAAUAGAUAUCACUGCUUUAAUUGUUUACCGUAAAAUUCCUUUGUAAUGAUGUAUUGUUAAUAUUAAAUAUCAGGCUUGUAGUGCACGUAAAAUUGUACACACCAUUUUUUCAUCCUGAACUGAAUUGCCAUUUUCAAAACUAUCGGUUUCCUGGGCAGUUUUUCUUCAGAAAAACCAGUGGUGAAUUUGUUUAUGAGCAUGUACAAUAAUGUAAUGUAACAAAUGCAAAUAAUUGUGUUGUAGCAAAACACAGAAAGCAUUCCCCAAAACAUAGAUCAGGACUGUCAAAAAGUUUUUAAGUAGCAGAGUGAUAAUAAAUGGUAGGCAGCUUUGGAACCCUCACCAAAGGCACAAGUUUCUUGGGGGUGAGGCAUCUAGGGACAUUUUGAAAUUUAGAAACUGGAAAAUUGUGUUUCCAGGGCUUUUCAAGAGGUAUUUUCCACCACGGACACCAUGCUGUUUUGUCAACUAGCUGGCGGUUUUGGCCGGCUGCUGGCCCUUACUGACAGCCCUGAUCAAAGAAAUGUUAAGAAAUGUUCUAAACAAACAUUUCAUUUCGCUGAAUUAUGGUACAAUCAGGGACAAAAGUAGUUGACACACUUGUUUAAAACGGGUGCUUUUAACAAACAUUUAAUUCAUUUAUUAUUUCAUUCCUUUUAAAAGCCGUAAAUCCCCCGUCUGAAGUAAAAAAAAAGACUUGAGGGUCCAAAAUUCAACAUUGAUUUUGGGGGGAAGGGGUUGGGGUAGACAGGGGAAGGGGAUAAGUAUAUCCACUAUGCAAAAAGGGGCCAUUUUAAGGAAGUGUGUCAACACUUUUGUCCCUCGUUGUAGCUUCCAUCUGAAUAAAAAUCACAUUCCAGCAAAAUUUAAUGACCUUACCAGAUUGCGGGAAGUGGUCAUUCGUGUUCUACUGGUCUAUUUAGACUAUUUCAUUUCUUUUGCAAAGCUUGAGAUUUAUGCAAAUUGUGUCUAGAAUCAUGAAAACUUCGAAGGAAAGGCCAUUUCUGUCCAAAAAAUAGCAGAGUCCCCAAUGUGUAGAACAAGUUGAUUUCUUGAAAGGGGUGAGCCAGAAUCAUUGCUUGGGUUUUCUUGUCACGCACCAUCAAAAACAGGUUGAAAAGCGUGAAUAAGCCCACGUUUGGGGAAAAAACACUGCCACUUGGCACCACGGCCCCAUUAUAAUCCAAGGCUUGAGAUUAAUGCUUGCAAACUCGCAAAAUGUGAGUGAUUUUGAUAAUCUGCGAGUGAGAAAAAUAUCCACCAGCAAACUUUCACGAGUUAGAAUCAUCCAUGUCUCCCAAACAUUUGGAGAAAGCUGUUUGAACGCAAGAAGGAAUGUACGGACAACACCUAAGGCAAAUAAAACAGUGGACACUGAGCUGAGAAGAGCACGCUUUUUGUUAGCCACAGGCCAGCGCCAUUGCAUCGAGGCUCUGUGCUACAUUUCGUGUGGCGUUGUUGUUCCUCAUGUUUUUGGAGCUAUCGCUUUCAUUACAUAUGUCAAAAAUAACUUCUUUCUUUAAGAGGCCCUCAGGGCCCCCGACCUUUAACACGAGUGCCAGUGGUGAUGAAGACCUCAAGCACCCAAGAACAAGAGUUUGAAGUCGGGAUCCAACAGAGAUAACUCAGCUUAUCUGAAAAUAGUUCUGCAAUGGCAGAAGAAUUUCGCCAUCAAUCUCAGUUACAAUGUAGUUGAAGAACCAAUGAACUUGUGGAAGAAAUAUGGUGUAAAAUGUGUUGGGAAUUUUCGAAGGACAAAACAUCUUCAAUAAGUGACAAUAAUUGGUAGUGUUUAAUAUUGCAAAGAGUAACUUAAUUCCUCGUCCAUUUACAAAUGAGUUUCCAGUGGUCUCAAGAUAUAGAUUUUUGCUGAUAAUUUGUUUUGAAUUCAAAGCGAAAGAGUUUGCUAGUGGUCUCACCAGUUUGCUAGUGAAAAAAAAUCUUACUCGCAAAACUUUGCUAGAGCACUAAAAAGUUAACUUCAAGUCCUGAAAUCAAAAGACGUUAAUGCCAUUAGUUAAAAUGGCAAAUAACAAUGUCGUAGUUAAAACUAGCCAUAGCCGGUGUCUAGGAAGUGCAAGCGAAACUGCUUUCAUUUGUAGGUGAAUUCCUUUUACUGCAGGUCAUGAAAACUGGAUUGAACAACACAGUAAACAGGACUCAUAUAAUUAUUAUUUAAUUAAACAAUUUUAUUUGCAGUUGCUUAGAUACAAUUAGCCUGCAAAUAUAGUAAUAUAAGGAGUGAGAAAAGACAUUUGUAUUUCAUUCGCCAGCAAAGAUACAUUGAAACAGUAAUGUGUGACUCAAGUAAUGCAGGUAUGCAGUCUAGUCAUGCAUGAAGUCUUGUUGUUCAAUCGAAUAUUCAAUCCAUGUUCAAUGACGAAAGGCCAUUGAUAUAUGAUACAAAAUAAUGAAACAGCUUAAAUUACCACUGGAGUUCAAAGCUUAUUAAAGCUUUCGGGUGCAGGCGACAUAACAUGCUUGAAAACUUAUAAAAAUAUAAAACCCUGAAAAACCAUGCACUGUAGUGAAACCUGAAUAAACUUAAUAAUUUACAUCGAUUUCUAGACUUUGCUAGCACUCAUUUCUUAUUGAAAACUUGUCCCGCACUAAGCUGAAAUCAGGCUCUACUUUUAUCGUCCUGGGUAAAUAGAUUCCAGGCCGGCAAGGCGAAUUGAAAAGUUGCCCAUUUAGUGCAGUACUUGUGUACCUGAAUUACGUGUGCUUCAGAAUCAGAUGUGUAUUAAUAAUGAUUGUUGCAUCACUUGCAUGGGCAUUCACAUGAUUACUGUGACAUCAGACGGACCUUGAAGUCAACACCCAGGGCUCAAAGUUAACGACUAACUGGUCGCAUAUGCCACUGGAUUUUUGGUUGUGCGCCUAAAUAUUCAUAUGUAAUCGCACCUGUGUGCCGUAAAACCCAAAGCACAGUGCAACUGACUUCCCACUAUACUUAUGAACUCGAACCAGAUAAGAUGGUGUAUGUAUAAUUGGUCUUUUCUCUCAAUGGAUUCCAUGAACUUGAAUGUUCUUUUUCGUUUCGAUGUUUUACUCCAUCCCAGACUCUUCUGUUUUGUAAUAAGUACCGCUGACACGUGGAAAUAAUUUAUAUGCUACGCACGAAACACGUGCUUUUUGCGCAAUGGACGAUCAUGUCGAACGAUCAGUUUUAAGGUCAAUCAAAACAAAAACAGUGCGGAUUAACAGCCUUUUUUUCCAGGUAAGAAAGUUUUUAAGUCAUAUCCCAGGUACAUGUAAGUCAUUGUGCAUUUAACAAAUUCAUUAAAAGAUUAACUUUCAUUCUCGUUUGACACACUCGUUGUUGUCAGUUUUGAAUUUUUUUUCAAGCGUAAGUUUUCUUUAGUCACAGCUGUACUGUCAAAAAGAGAAAUUAGUAUUAAAAAUCACUACCGUAUUACUGCGUAGCAAAUCAGCUGUGUUUUAUCAAUCACAGGACUGAAGUAAAAGUAACAAACUGAAGAUGACAAAUAAAUGUGGCACUGUUAAUAAGGUUUUCACUUUUUCUUUUGAAAUAGAUGCUCAUGCUCACAUUUUAAACUGUGCUCCUAAAAUUUUCAGCGCCUAAAAAUUUACAUCUGGUAACACAAGUGCUCCCAAACUCAAAUUUAAACUUUGAGCCCUGACACCAGGGCCUUCAAUUCCACAUACCAUUCAUUCCAUGCAUAUUAGUCAGUUCAACACUGGAGUGUGAACAGAUCUCGCUAUACCAUUAAAAGAGUGCCGCUGACCAAGAAUGUGUGGUGUGCUCCUUCCUCGCCUGCAUCAAUUCUUUUUCACAUCCAACUUUCAAAUAAAUGCCAUCCUCAAAUAAGUGCUGCAUUUGAGGCGUAAAAAAUUUUAUAAGUGCCGUGGCACUUAUUUGAGUAAAUAUGGUAUGCUAAUUAAUGACAGACCAAUUUUCAAAUAUGUCCUUUCAAAAUAAAGGUUUGAAAGGACACAUGUUCUUUUAAGUAAGAAAAAGUAUUUCCAGCACUAUUAAGCAUUUGCCUGCGUGCAUUUCAAGGCACUUCUCACUGAAGGUGAAAACUGGAGCUGGCCAACUGUAGUCCAGGUUUAUAAUGAUGGAAAGAUAAUAAUGAUAAUAAUAAUAAUAAUAAUAAUAAUAAUAAUAAUAAUAAUGGAAUUUAUAUAAUUUAGUGUAAUUUAGUGUAAUUUACUAACUUGUAAAUUUCAGCCCAAAACUGUUUUGAGUAGUUGAAUGAAACAAGUGCCAUUUAAUGGAGCUGAAACCAGCAAUAUUUUGGAAUUGCACACAUUUAAUACAUAAUACUAUUGAACAUUACAUAUAUUCAUGAAAUUUAAAUAUUUUCAGCAACAGCAAUUAAUGGGGGAUGCCACAAAGGGCUGGGGGCUGGGGAUCUACUAUCAUAGGAAAACAAAAUGGAAAAUACAACCAAAAGAAGUUGCUAGCUGUUUAAUUCCCUACUUACUUAUUGUGUAUACCCAGGUACUUGAAAAUAUAUCCUACUGAUAGCCCUGAACAAAAGUAUUAUUUGCAGUCUCUCUCCUUUAAAUUAUGUUUUAAGUUGAAACCUGUGGACUGUGCUCUGAAGCUAGUAAGUUGUAAAUUGCAUAAUUGUUUUUCUGUUUGCUUUCCAAGGUAUUUGCACUGGGCAGAAAUAUUCCAAGACAAAAAGUAGGGCAGCUUAUUCAACCAGCAUCACAACCAUUUAUAAGUGCUCCAAAUGGCACAGAUCAUCUUCAUAACAGUGCAGCACCUCAAGAUGAACCAAGAACUCCUACAACUCCUCAGUCUAACAAUCACAUAGCAUUUCAUCUUGUUUCUAAAGUCCUUGAGGAUGAAAGUGUCUUUAACUUCCCAAGUGUUGAAGAAACAACUCCUGGUUUAGAACCUUUCUCAUUUAAUCAUGAUGGGUAAGUUCAUGAACUACAAAAUUGCUACACAGUUGUUUGAAAUAGACACUCUUUUUCAGGGCCAUUUGAGUGGGAUGGCUGGAAUUAAUAGAAUUUUGGAUUGAGUAGGCUUCAGACUAGUGUUUAAAUAUGUUUGUGUGUGAAAGGAGCGAUAAAAAAAUAUGGCUUAAUAAAGAAAAUUUGCAUUUACGUACUGUAUAAUAAUAUAGGGCUGUGCUCUAGCAGAGCCCGGUGGCCCCUGGCACCCAACUCUAGAAAAUCUUAGUUUUUUAUACAAAUCAUUAUGCUGGGCACCCUAGAUGUUACAGGUUUAAAGCGCUGGGCUCCUUUCAAUUUUCCUUAGAGCACAUGUGUUAUUGACCUGAGCAAAAACGGUAAAUUUCCUUCCAACUUUAAGGCUAGCCCAAUCAAUUUUGAAAUGCAAAUUUCCCUCCAUAGAUAAGCCCCUCCAAAUAUUAGCCCCUCCAAAAAUAAGCUCCUCAAAAAGGGCCUUUGAAAAAAUAUAAGCCCCAGAGCUUAUUUACGGAACUUUACGGUAUUAGAAUCUUUUGACAGAGGCCAAUGAAUAUGUCAGCUUAGAUAAAAUCAGUGACAGAUUUGUGUAUCUGUACCUCGUGACUUUAUUUUGUUUAUUUUUGUUUGCAGUUUUGAUGGUACAUCUCAUUCGUGGCCGCUUUCAGUUGUACCUAAUGGUUGUGUUUCAAUUUGCAAUGCUUCAACAAACAGUGGAGGAAGUGCAGGCACAGGUAGCUUUGGCUCUUUCCCUGGACAGACAAUCUGGUCAGCUGAGGCCAAUUCACGUACCACACCUCCCCUGUCACCCCUUGACAUGUCCCCCCCUUCCAGCCUGACAAAUUCUUCACUUGGCACCAGUCCCUCUUUCCCUGUAACUCCUUUGGUACCUACAAGUUCUCUAACUAAUUCAUCAGGUAGUGCAUCACCUACAGUGAACGGCUUUAAUGAUGAGCUUUCGCCUUAUCCAUCCCCAACUGGACAACACUUUGGAUCACAAGAUGCAUCAUCCCAUUCUAUGUUUAUGCCUAUUAAAGAUACAUCCAUGGGAAGUAAGGGACGUAAUUCAUCAGAAUCAGGGUAUUAUUCAAGCAAUGGCUCAUCCCGUCAUUCUCAGUCAUCUCCAAGCUCAGCUCCUGGACGUACACAUUUUGUUGCUUCUCCAAAGACACGUCCACAGUCCCUGACAUUUACAGCUGGUAAUCAUUACUGCAGCUCACCAAGCAUGUCCCCUUCCUCACCACCACUUCAUAGUCACUCAGCUCCCAAGUAUAUUGGUUUAAAUCAUGACUUGAAUGGAGGGGUAUGGUACAAAAAUGGGUCUGCUCAAGAACACUCUUCUGCAAACCAUUUUGUAAGGGAUGGUCAACCUUUUACAAGGGACAAUGGAUAUUCAGGUCAUGCCAUUUUACAGCGUACAAAGAGUCCACUCACUAGUGAACUGCAUUAUAGGCUUGAAGAAUGUUAUGAACAGCUUAGAUGUUUAGAGAAAGAGAGAAAGAAGGUACUGGAGACUUGUAAAUACAUGAUAGCUAACUGAUAAUGGUUUGAGGUAUACAAGCCAGCUAUUCAUUUUCAUAUUUUCAUAAAAGGUUUCAUACAGGUGUCAUACUGACAUGUAGUUUCAGAGAGUUAUUUCUACAAUGAAACAUCAAGCUACAAGUUGAAAUUUCUUUUGAAAUAAUUUCGAAUCCCAUGGAAUGAAGGUUUGUGCAGUUUUAAUGAAUGUUCCAUGCUUUACAGAUGUUUAGUGUUGUAAAACAGGGCUGUCAUUAAGGUUUUUCCUAGCUAAUCUCUCAAGGAAAGUGCUGCUGUUAUUAAUUUGAGAAAUCCUCCUGUGUUAGUAAAGUAGCCUGCUGGUUUUACGGCAGUUCCUGGCUAAAAAAGCUGGCUGCUGGUGACAUGUACCUAUGACAACCCUUAAAAAAUAUUUCAAUAAACUUUAUUAUAAGCAAUUGAAUAAGCUUGGGCUUACAUAUUGUUUUCAGACAGAGGCAGAAAUUUCACACCUUUGGUCAGGUCGAAGGCUCUCCUCUGGAAAUGCAUCCAAUGUAAGACCUCCUCCAAAUCCAUCCAGAGUAGACAAGCUUAUUGUAGAGCACUUACGGGAACACGCCAAGGUAACUGUACCAGUCCAACUUCUCUACAGAUUAAUUAUCGUUAUAAUAUCAUAGGUGACGAAUUACUCCUUAAUUUUGGCAUGAAAUUUCAGCAUUUAUUGCCAUGGCAACCCCUCCGUACGUCUCAGUGUCAAGAUGGCGACGAAGUUUUAAAAUGCCUUGAAUGAAGAUGUCAGGGCACAAAAAGACGCUUUAGAAAACCUGAACACACAAGAGAACAUCAAGAAGGAUUCUAACAGGUAUUUUGCCGAAAAAGUCUGAAAAAUUCUGAACUUUAUAAGCCAAAUUUAAGGUCUAAACAUUUGAGAGAGUGGAGUUCUCGAUCGAUACAAUCCAGGAUAAACAUGUCAAAAAUCCGAGAUUGCUAACGUAAUUCGUCACCGAUGAUAUUAAUAGGUAAUCAAAUGGUAUACUCGUGAAAUUAGGGAAUAAUUUCACUUACGUUUUGUCCAAAUCCUAAUAAUUAACCUCGCCUAAAGGCUCGGGAAAUUAUUAGGAUUUGGACAGAACGUGCGUGAAAUUAUUCCCUAAUUUCACUCAUCACCAUUUGAUUACACAUACGAAUUUUUUCUAGGGAGCGUAUUUGUGUAACACCUUAUCCUCUCAGUAAACUACCAUGUCUCCCAUUUUUCCUUGGAAAGGUACUGCAGUGAUUGUUAAAUUUUUGGCUGUGUCAGUGUGCAGGUGCUUCCUUUUAACGUUGAAAAGUUUUUAACAUCCAUGAAACCUCUGGAUUUUCUUUAUAUGAUCUGUUGUUAAUGAGUCAUGAAUUAUAAUAAAGUAGUAGUGGUCACACUAAACACUAGUAUUAAGUCAAUAAACUAAUGAUUAAUUCAGUAAAUGAUUAAAUAGAACAUGAAACCCAUCAUCUUUGCAUGCAUGCAAGGACUGAUGGGAUAAAAGCAAUGUCAUUUUGUAUUUCAGGGGGCAAAAAAGUGAUAAAAUUUACCAAUACAAAUAAUGACCGUUAAGUUUGUUUAUUCCUUAAGCGAUACAACAGUCUGCUUUUGCAAGAUGUAUGGUUUGAGUUUUGAGAAGUUUUGCAUCAUUAUUGCUUACUGUAAGGACAUCUGGGGUCACUACUGCAUGUAAAAAAAAAUAACAGGGAUCACUUCCACCCAUAAAUUGCCAUUAUCAUCUUUAAGAUAAGAAGUUCCUCAUUUUCUGUUGUCUAGAAUAAAGAAAUUUGACUGUGAUUUAUUGUAGUGGCAGAUUUAAUCACUUGUUCGUCCCCUGAGAAACUGUGACAAAAGUCAUUGUUUUUAUCCCAUCAGUCCCUAAGCGCAUGCAAAGAUAGCGGUUAUUGGGAAUAGGAUUGUUAAUGCGGAUUUGCUUUCUUCUUGUGAGCAGGCUCGCAAAUUAUUUGCAGUGUUUCAAGCAGUGACAUUAAAGGCAGAAAGCUUUGUCCCUAGGCUAUCUGCGUUAGUAGGCUACUUUGAAUAUUUUUUUGGCAUUUUAUGUUAUUAUUAGGUUGAGGCAUUAGUGGGACGUAUAGAACGCAUUCGGCACUCCCCACUUCACGUUAGCAUUAGUGAGGGAGUAGAUCAGUGGCAAAAUGGAAUACGUGAAGUUCAGAAUCGCCGUAAGGAAGAGCUUUUAAGUAGUAACAAUUCAAGAAGCAGACUAAACUCUGGUAUUAGACAUCAGGACACUACAGGUAAUCAUUAACACACAUUCAACAAAGGCUUCAUACAAAAACUUACAGUUAGUUAUUCAGGGUUCGUACAGAGUCUUAAAUUCUUGAAAAAGUCUUGAAAUUUGCCCAACAAUUUUCCAGACCUGGAAAAAGUCUGGAAAAUGGAUAUAAAGUCUGGAAAAAUGGUAAAAAGUCUUGAUUUUUUUUUAUGCAAAGCAAUAACAUGUGCCUUAUAAGUGAGAUUUUUUUUGUUUUGGUCAGAUCUUAUUCAAUCUUGCCCUUACGUUUGCAGUGCAUCUUGAAAAAACUUUGUUCAUGCAGUUUUUAAGGUCUGUAUUGAUCACCUAUUCUGGAAAAAGACAUUGUUGUUUUGGAAAAAAGUCUGGAAAAAGUCUUGAAUUUUGGAUCCAAAAAUGUGUAUGAACCCUGGUCAUUUGACAGCGGUACCUUAAACUGUCAAAUUGUAUUAUAAUAUCUUGGUUAGAAGCCCUGAGCUUAUACAGUCAACUUUCUCGUAGAUGGACACCUUUGAGACCAGCUCACCAAGUGUCUGUUUUAGAAAGAUGUCCAUCUUAAUAGAGAGCCAAAAUAAAUGGAGUAGGUAAAGACUGCAGGGAUCAACUCUAGCUGUCCAUUUUACCGCAGUGUCCAUCUUAUAGAGGUGUCCAUUAACAGAGAGUCAACUGUACAAUCUCAUAACGGGUUCGUGGUGGGCUUAUACUUGGGCACCUUACAAGCAGAAUAAAACAAAUGCCUCAAAAAAAAACUGAUAGCGACACUUCUUAUAUUUUAUCAGUAAAGAGGGCUGUCAUUAAUGUUUUAAGUAGCUGGUCUCUUUAGGAAACUAGCUGGUCAAUUAUCCCACAAGCCCUCCUAUAUUGUUAUAUUUGACUCAUUUUCAAACUUAGAGUACCUGGCUGAUUCACUGCAAUAGCCGGCUAAAAAACCCAGCUGCCAGCCACUAAUGACAACCUGGAAUAUAACUGUAGAUAUUGGAGUCCUUUAACUAGGAUUUUACAGUGGGCAACAUACGAAUGCCCUGUGUAAAGGGGCUUCCACCUAAUAAUCACUUCAACACCUAAGGAAACCAUGCAAGUACGGACUUAACUUAGUGUAUGGUCUGAUCAAUUUUAUUCUUUUUUUUGCCAGAGUUGUCAGCUUUAAUAUCAGGUGUGAAGGCACUGACUCUUCACACUCGUGCCACUCGUACAAUAAUCUGGUGUGCUCAUCAGCUUGUGCUGGCUAAUUCCACAUCUAGCCAUGAAAACACACUGCCACUCGUGCAAUCAAAUUCCAAAGAAAGUACUGGUGAUGUGUCUUGA